AUGGGACUCACAAUUGCUGUCCUGUGUCUCAUAGGCACUGUGGUAUUUCUGCUGCUCUGCGAAGCUAUCUACAAUCUCGCCUUUAGCCCCCUGGCAGGAAUUCCUGGUCCUCGACUGGCGGCGGUCACACGAUGGUAUGAGACCUACUUCGACGUCUACCGUGGGGGCCAAUUCAUGUACAAGCUUCAGAGGCUACAUAAGCUAUAUGGGCCGGUCGUGCGUAUUGGCCCUAAUGAGGUCCACGUCAGCUCCGCCGAUUUUUAUGACACACUGUACGCAGGACCGACCCGGCGCCGCCACAAAGACCCCUGGUUUCUGUCCUCUGUUGCACCAGGCACGUCAUUUGCAGCAAGCGAAGCUAGUAAGCACCGUGCGAGGCGUGGCGGAUUGAGUACCUUCUUUUCCAAACAAGCAAUUCGCACAUGCGAGCCGCUCAUACAUGCCAACAUGCAUCUACUGUGUACGCAUGCUCUACGAGCGCAGCAGACAGGUAUUGCACUAGAACUCCAUACGUGCUUCCUUAACUUUGCCGUCGAUACCAUCUCGCAGUAUGCAUUUGGUACGGGAUAUCAAUUCAACACACUACAGGAGCCAGUGUUAAGCGACAAAUGGAAGAAAGGCAUUAAUAGCAUUUUCGAAAUGCUGUUAAUCACACGCCACUUUCCUUGGCUGUAUACCAUAUCCAGAGCCUUCCCGGUAUCUGUAUCUACCUUGCUUUGCCCAAUAUUCCCUUAUAUCAAUGCAAUUGAAAACGACAUCGAACGUCAAAUACGACGAGUCUAUAGCGGAUCCGCGGAUAACAAAAGCUCUAUUAUUGCACAUCUCAUGCACAAUGAGAAGUUACCUCCUGGCGAGCGCACGCUAGCCCGGUUGUCUGACGAGGCCAAGUUCCUGCUAGUAGCUGGCACUGAUGCACCGUCGCAGGUGAUGGCCCUUACAAUGUAUCAUAUUCUGCGUAAUUCGCAUGUCUACAACCGGCUCAAAGAAGAACUGCAAACAGCUCUUCCGGAUGCAGGUGCAAAUCCCACGUGGGUGGAGCUAGAGCGAUUACCGUAUCUUACCGCUGUAAUCAAAGAAGGCCUACGACUGUCUGCUGUAGUAACCUCACGCCUGCCCCGAAUUGCCCCGGAUGAGGACCUAGUCUGCCAUGGUUGGAAGAUUCCUGCAGGGACUUCUAUUAGUAUGUCCAACCAUUUCAUCCUUCGGGAUGCCGAAAUUUACCCUGAUCCGUUGGUUUUUCACCCGGACCGAUGGUUAUCCUCCACAGUGGAUAUGAACCGCUAUCUAGUCCCGUUUUCGAAGGGGAGUCAAGGAUGUCUAGGUCCAAACAUGGCUUAUUGCUGGCUCUAUAUUGGGCUAGCCAUUUUUUUACGCCGAUUUGAUUGGGCACUGCACAACACGGAUGAGUCUAAUGUGACAGUGGUGCGAGACUGCUUCAACGGACAGACAGUUCAUGGUCACAACUCCAUCCAAGUAAGAGUGAAAUCUGAGAAGGACAUUUGA